UGCUAACACACUCUGGUGAGACAGCAGAGCAGUGCAGGAGGUGAGUAGAUCUCUGACUGGUUUCUGUCACGUUCCAUUGAUCGUCUCUGUUGUGUUGUUGUUGAUCAGCUGAUUGUCUGUGAACAGGAUCAGCUCUCUGCAUCGUCGUCAUUGUUUACAUUAUAACUCAUUUAAUGUGUCCGUCUGUCUGUUUCAACUCAGAAAACCACCUUAAAUAGUAAUGCAACACUGUGUGUGUCCGUGUGUUUGUGUGUGUGUGUGUUGACAUUCUGUUAAUGAAGUUAAGCAGUUCAAACAACACACUGACCUCUGACCCCUGUGAGAGCCAAUCACAGUGAGCUUUACAAAGACAGAUUCAGUGUUCAGGAGAAGCUGCUUCAACACUGAGUACAGACCAGUAAUCUAUAAUCUGUAAUCUAUAAUAUGUAAUCUGGAAUCUGGAAUCUAUAAUCUAUGACGUAUAAUGUGUAAUUUAUAAUCUAUAAUCUGUAAUCUGUAAUCUGUAAUGUGUAAAGUGUGUCAGGGUGUCAGAGGAAGUGUAAAGCCACAGAACAGAGGUGGAGGAGCAGGUUCGGUCGGUGUAAUGGUGUCACAUGAUCAAUUCUGAUCAGAACUGGACAAUAUUAUAUAUCAUAUACUAUAUCGUUUCCAUGGCAACCUGGAUGCGAGAGGAUGCUGGCGUGAGUAUCGCCGCUUCUCGAUCCGUGACAAAACGGCGUUUUUCUGUUAAAAGAAGAAAACCAAGUUGUCUUUACAAGCUCUGAAGCCUUCACACCUGAAGAAUCGGCUCUAUGAACUCGUCUUUCUCUGCUGAUCAGCUGUUAGCCCCUUUGAUCCUCCUCACCAAUCAGCAGUUAGCAUAGCAACGCUAACUUUAAGCAGACAUACUCGAUGCACUGUGAGAUGUCCAUAGUUGCUCUGCUGGUCCUCCAUCUUCCACAACCUCCUGGUUGUUCCCCGCCUGGCUCCGCUGUCGCUGCUGUGGUCUCCCCCGGCUUGCAUUGAUGUUGGAUGGUUGCUGCUCCAUUGUUGCUGGUGGAGUCUUCAGGUGUUCGGAGCAGGAGCUCCUGGACUUCUGCUGUCGCUUCGCUCCAGGCACUGUCACUGGGACUGGAUCUCUGGGUCUCCUGUGUCGCCCUGCUGUGUGCAUGGACCUCCAGGCACAAGUUCACCUCUGGACGGACGGUGCUGUUCCCUGCGGUGCUGGUGACGGUGCUGUUCCCUGCGGUGCUGGUGGCGGUGCUGGUGGCGGUGUUGACAGCGGAGCAGCUGUUCCCUCCGUGCUGACUGACAGGCGCUCCAUUUAUUCUUUGCUUUGUUUGUUUUCAUAUGUUUAUAUGUUUAUUCCACUUUGUCACGUGUCCUUGGGUACCCUGAAAGGCGUUAUAUAAAUUAAAUCUGUUAUUAUUAUCAUUAAUAGUGACUGCUGAGAACUCACCUGAUGACGUAAUGAUGUAACGAAACAGUAACUCUCCUCGGCCUGUCUCCCUCUCCACCGCAGGUCGUUAUGGACGCCAUGAGAACCCGUCUAAGACAGUCUCCAUCAGUGGGUGUGGCCGAGGACGAGGAGGUGGGAGGAGCUCAGAGGGUGGAGAUGAGGUUUGUGGGGGCUGAGGAGGAGGCGGGGCCAAGCAGUGACAUCACAGCUCUGGUGCUGCGGCAUCGCCAUGGUUACUGGAGGGCUGGCGUGCUGCUGUGUGUGUGUGGGAUGGUCGUCUUCACUGCAGCGUUCCUAUUGGCCUACGCUGUGUUUGGUGGGCGGUACCACUGCUCCCAGGUGGGGGAGCAGGAUGAGGAGCAGCAGGGGGGCGGGGCUAAACAACCAGCUGAGGGAGGGGCGGGGCUUUACCUGGGAGAGCUACGGGUGAUGAUGAGGAGGCUGCUGCAUGAUGAAGAUAUCUACAACACAGUCAGUCGGGUCAGCAGGGCGAGUCAUCCUCCAGGCUCCUCUGAGGGAACCUCUCUGGCCUCAGAGGUCCUCCGUCGCUUCAGACAGCUGCAGAUGGACCACACUUGGACAGAGUCGCUGUACGCCACGCUGCAGUUCCCCCACAGGUCUCAGAGGAGCUCCCUGUGGCUGCUGGACUCUGCAGGACUGAUCUCAGAACAGAUCCCUCUCAACCCGUCGGACUUCUGUCCCUACAGCGCCACAGGAAGUACCACGGGGGGCAUGGUCUAUGCUAACUACGGCCGUCCAGAGGAUUUUAAUUGGCUGAGGAGCGCAGGCAUGUCUGUGGUUGGCUGUGUGGUGGUGAUGCGUGUUGGGGGCGGGGUCAGUUUCGCUGAGAAGGUCUGGUUGGCUGAGAGGAGCGGGGCGGGCGGAGCUUUGAUCUACCCCGACCCCGCGGACCUCCCACAGGACCCUCGCCGCCUCGGACUGAACACACACACCGCCGUGUCCGAACAUGUCCACCUGGGGUCAGGUGACCCCUUCACCCCCGGCUUCCCUUCCUUCAACCACACUCAGUUCCCGCCCAUCCAGUCCUCCGGCCUGCCGCUCAUCCCGGCCCUGCCAGUCAGCGCUACUGUAGCCGCCAAGCUGCUCAGCCAGCUGUCAGGUCCGUCCUGUCCAACGUCAUGGCGCGGUCGGCUGCCGUACGUGCGCUGCGUGGUCGGUCCAGAGUUCAGCUCCGGACGCAGAGUCAAGAUGUCGGUCCACAACGUGAUGACGCCGGUCCUCCUCAACAACAUCUUCUCGUCCCUGGAGGGCCGCGUGGAGCCAGACCAGUACAUCAUACUGGGAGCUCAGAGGGACUCGCUGGGUCCAGGAGCCGUCAAGUCUGGAGUUGGAACAGCGAUCCUGCUAGAGCUGGCUCGGACCUUCUCCAUCAUGGUGAAGAAAGGGUUCAGUCCCAGGCGGAGCCUCCUCUUCGUCAGCUGGGAUGCUGGAGAGUUCGGGAAUGUGGGAGCAACUGAGUGGCUGGAGGGUUACCUGUCCAUGCUGCACCUGAAGGCCGUCACCUACUUCAGUCUGGACCAGGCUGUCAUGGGUGAUGACAUCCUGUCUGCCUACAUCAGUCCUCUGCUGGUCGACCUGCUGGAUGCCGCUAUCAGACAGGUGGAGCAUCCUAAGCAUGCAGGUCAGACCAUCUACAGCCAGGCAGAGAGAGAGGGAGGCAGCUGGAAGAUUGUGAAGCCCUUGUACCUGAACAGCGGAGCGUACAGCUUCACGGCGUUCGCAGGAGUUCCAGCUGUGGAGCUCAGGUUCUCUGAGGAGCGAGCGUACCCGUUCAUCAACACGCCAUUGGACAGCGCCUCCCGCCUACAGGAAGUGCUGGCGGGUCGUCUGGGGGUCACAGGGCGGAGCUUAGGGGAGCUGGUGGGGGAGAUGGUGCUGCGAUUGGCCCACGACCACAUCCUGCCUCUACGCAUCACUUCCUACGCUCAGACUGUGCUGCAGUUCAGCGCUCAGCUCAAUAGACACUCUGCUGAGCUGCAGUCCAGAGGUUUGUCUCCUCAGUGGGUUUUCAGCGCCAGAGGAGAUUACAGCCGAGCAGCCGAGACGCUGCAGAGAGCCAUCGACUACAGCGACCUGCACGACCCGACCACCGCCCGCUUCUACAACACCCGCAUCAUCAGGGUACAAGUACUGCUGACACUACGUACAAGUACUACAAACACUGCUGACACUGCAUCAUCAGGGUAGAAUACUACUUCCUGUCUCAGUACGUGUCGGCGGUGGAGACGCCGUUCCGUCAUGUGAUCCACGGCCGUGGUGACCACACUCUGAGCGCGCUCACUGAGCACCUGGCCCUGCUGACCUCUGACCCCCAACGCUUC